AUGGGCAGCAGCCUCUUCUCACCGCCUGUUUUUUUUGCAGAUGGCCCCUCUCCCCGCGCCCUUGCGGGGGCCCCCCUGAACCCGGCGCUCUCCCUCGCCACGUGCCCGCUCCAGCCGUUUCCCUGGUGGAAGUUUCCCAUCUUCGUGGCCGCACAGACCUCGGGAGCUUUCAUCACCGCCGGAGCCAUCUACGCCCUCUACUACAGAACGGGGAGGCGAGUGGAAGCCGUCCGGCGCUACAGCAACGGGACCCUCGCCGCCUCCAGCCCCUGGGAAACCGCCUCCAUCUUUGCCACCUGCCCUGCUGGCUACCUCUCCUUCUCCAAUGGCUUCUUGGACCAGAUCUCCCUGGGCUCCAACUGCGGCUGCCCCGUGAACCCCGCACGGGAUUUCGGGCCCCGGCUCUUCCCCUGCGUGGUGGGUUGGGGCGCAGAGGUCUUCGGGGGAGCAGGGCUGGCCAGCGGUGGGGUGCAGAGGGGAGGUCUGGGGCGCGGGGCUGACGGGGCACGCCGUGUUGCAGAGGAGGAAAGGCGGGUGCGAGCCAACGCACGGGAGUACAACGAGAAGUUCCAGUACGCGAGCAACUGCAUCAAGACCUCCAAGUACAACAUCAUCACCUUCCUGCCUGUCAACCUCUUCGAGCAGUUCCAAGAAGUGGCCAACACCUAUUUCCUCUUCCUCCUCAUCCUGCAGCUGAUCCCGCAGAUCUCUUCGCUCUCCUGGUUCACCACCAUCGUGCCUUUGGUUCUUGUGUUAACCAUCACAGCUGUCAAAGAUGCCACCGACGAUUAUUUCCGCCAUAAAAGUGACAACCAGGUGAACAACCGGCAGUCUCAGGUGCUGAUCGGCGGAGUCCUCCGGCAGGAGCAGUGGAUGAACGUCCGUGUCGGAGACAUCAUCAAGUUGGAGAACAACCAGUUUGUGGCGGCUGACCUCCUCCUCCUCUCCAGCAGUGAACCCCAUGGGUUGUGCUACAUCGAGACGGCGGAGCUGGACGGAGAGACCAACAUGAAGGUGCGGCAGGCCAUCCCCGUCACCUCGGAGCUGGGUGACACCAGCAAGCUGGCCCGGUUUGAUGGCGAGGUGAUCUGUGAGCCCCCCAACAACAAGCUGGACAAGUUUGGCGGGAUGCUGUACUGGAAGGAGAACAAGUACCCCCUGAGCAACCAGAACAUGCUGCUGCGGGGCUGUGUCCUGCGCAACACCGAGUGGUGCUUCGGCCUCGUCAUCUUUGCAGGGCCCGACACGAAACUCAUGCAGAACAGCGGCCGGACCAAGUUCAAGCGGACGAGCAUCGAUCGGCUGAUGAACACGCUGGUUCUCUGGAUCUUCGGGUUCCUGGUGUGCAUGGGGGUGAUCCUGGCCAUCGGCAACGCCAUCUGGGAGCACGAGGUGGGCGUCUGCUUCCAGAUCUACCUGCCCUGGGACGAGGGGGUGCACAGUGCCUUCUUCUCCGGCUUCCUCUCCUUCUGGUCCUACAUCAUCAUCCUCAACACUGUGGUGCCCAUCUCGCUCUACGUGAGCGUGGAGGUGAUCCGUCUCGGACACAGCUACUUCAUCAACUGGGACAAGAAGAUGUACUGUGCCAAGCGCCGGACGCCAGCCGAGGCCCGGACCACCACCCUCAAUGAGGAGCUGGGGCAAGUGGAGUACAUCUUCUCCGACAAGACCGGCACCCUCACCCAGAACAUCAUGGUCUUCAGCAAGUGUUCCGUGAACGGGCACAGCUAUGGCGACGUGCAAGAUGUGCUGGGUCACAAGGCGGAGCUGGGAGAGAAGCCAGAGCCAGUCGACUUCUCCUUCAACCCGCUGGCGGAUCCACGGUUCCAGUUCUGGGACCCCAGCCUGCUGGAAGCUGUCAAGCUGGGAGACCCCCACGUGCACGAGUUCUUCCGCCUGCUCUCGCUCUGCCACACCGUCAUGUCCGAGGAGAAGAGCGAAGGGGAGCUGUAUUACAAGGCUCAGUCCCCGGACGAGGGAGCGCUGGUCACGGCUGCCAGAAAUUUCGGCUUUGUGUUCCGGUCCCGCACGCCCAAGACCAUCACGGUGCACGAGCUGGGUCGAGCCAUCACCUAUCAGCUGCUGGCCAUCCUGGACUUCAACAACAUCCGCAAGCGCAUGUCCGUCAUCGUCCGCAGCCCCGAGGGCAAGAUCCGGCUGUACUGCAAAGGUGCUGACACCAUCCUGCUGGAGCGCCUGCACCCCAUCAACCAGGACCUGACCAAUGUCACCACCGACCACCUCAACGAAUAUGCUGGUGAGGGGCUGCGGACACUGGUGCUGGCCUACAAAGACCUGGAGGAGAGCUACUACGAGGAUUGGUCCGAGCGGCUGCACCGAGCCGGCAGUGCCCCCGAGGCCCGUGAGGAUCGCCUGGCUCACCUCUACGACGAGGUGGAGUACGAUAUGAUGCUGCUGGGAGCCACGGCCAUUGAGGACAAACUGCAGCAGGGGGUCCCCGAAACCAUCGCCAUCCUGACGCUGGCCAACAUCAAGAUCUGGGUGCUGACGGGGGACAAACAGGAAACGGCUGUGAACAUCGGCUACUCCUGCAAGAUGCUGACGGACGACAUGACGGAGGUGUUUGUGGUCACGGGCCACACCGUGCUGGAGGUGCGAGAGGAGCUCAGGAAAGCCCGGGAGAAGAUGAUGGAUGCAUCGCGCUCCAUGGGCAACGGCUUCUCCUACCAGGAGAAACUCUCCUCCUCCAAGCUCACCUCUGUGCUAGAAGCCAUCGCGGGCGAAUACGCUCUGGUCAUCAACGGGCACAGCCUGGCCCACGCGCUGGAGGCUGACAUGGAGGUGGAGUUCCUGGAGACGGCGUGUGCCUGCAAGGCCGUCAUCUGCUGCCGCGUCACGCCCUUGCAGAAAGCCCAGGUGGUGGAGCUGGUGAAGAAGUACAAGAAAGCUGUGACCCUGGCCAUCGGGGAUGGGGCCAACGAUGUCAGCAUGAUCAAGACCGCCCACAUCGGGGUGGGCAUCAGCGGGCAGGAGGGCAUCCAGGCGGUGCUGGCCUCCGACUACUCCUUCUCACAGUUCAAGUUCCUGCAGCGCCUGCUCCUGGUGCACGGGCGCUGGUCCUACCUACGCAUGUGCAAGUUCCUCUGCUACUUCUUCUACAAGAACUUCGCCUUCACUAUGGUCCACUUCUGGUUUGGCUUCUUCUGCGGCUUCUCGGCGCAGACUGUGUACGACCAGUACUUCAUCACGCUCUACAACAUCGUCUACACCUCGCUGCCCGUGCUCGCCAUGGGCGUCUUCGACCAGGACGUGCCGGAGCAGCGGAGCAUGGAGUACCCCAAGCUCUAUGAGCCUGGGCAGCUGAACCUGCUCUUCAACAAGCGGGAGUUCUUCAUCUGCAUCGCCCAGGGCAUCUACACCUCCGUCCUCAUGUUCUUCAUCCCCUACGGCGUCUUCGCUGACGCCACCCGUGACGAUGGCGCCCAGCUGGCUGACUACCAGUCCUUUGCUGUCACCGUCGCCACCUCCCUUGUGAUUGUCGUCAGCGUGCAGAUCGGGCUGGACACGGGCUUCUGGACGGCCAUCAACCACUUCUUCAUCUGGGGCAGCUUGGCCGCCUACUUCGCCAUCCUCUUCGCCAUGCACAGCGAUGGCCUCUUCCAGAUGUUCCCCAACCAGUUCCGCUUUGUGGGUAACGCGCAGAACACGCUGGCCCAGCCCACGGUCUGGCUGACCAUCGCCCUCACCACCGUGGUCUGCAUCAUGCCCGUCGUGGCCUUUCGCUUCCUCAAGCUGGACCUAAAACCCGAACUCUCGGACACGGUCCGCUACACUCAGCUGGUACGGAAGAAGCAGAAGACCCAGCACCGGUGCAUGCGGCGUGUGGGGCGCGUGGGCUCGCGCCGCUCCGGCUACGCCUUCUCCCACCAGGAGGGUUUCGGGGAGCUCAUCAUGUCGGGCAAGAACAUGCGGCUCAGCUCCCUGGCGCUCUCCAGCUUCGCCGCCCGCCCCAGCGCCGGCUGGAUCGAGACCCUGCGCAAGAAGAAGGGGCCCCCGGAAACCCCCGGUGUUUCCGGCUCCCGGGGGAGCCAUGAUAAAGACGUCCUGUGCGGGUGGCCGCUGCGGGCGAAGCCGUCCCCGGGGACACGCGCGAUGCUCUGGGUGAAGCGGAGGUUCGCGGCCGAGAACGCCACGGAGCAGCGGUGCCGCUACUUCUCCAAGGCGCAGAAAUUUGUUUGCCGGGUGAAGGUGCCACCCGGCGUCGACGACACCAAACCCCUCGUGGUGUCCACGUGCGUCAACAAUGGCGCCGGCGGCUCGGCCGGCGAAGACAGGAUCAUCACCCUCAGCAGCGUCCUGAAGCCCGACCCCCCCCUCAACGUGACGGUGGAGGCGCUGGAGAAGGCGCCGCAGCGGCUGCGGGGCAACUGGUCCUACCCCUCGUCCUGGGACCCCCGCUUCUACUGGCUCCGCUUCCAGGUCCGCUACCGCCCCGAGCCCACCCAGGCCUUCACGGAGGUGGACCAGGUGACGACGACAUGGCUGGACAUCCGUGACGCCUGGCGGGGGACGCGGCACGUGGUGCAGGUGCGGGCGCAGGAGGAGUUUGGCCACGGCACGUGGAGCGAGUGGAGCCGGGAGGCGGUGGGCACCCCCUGGACAGACCCCAGGGACCUCACCUCUGAAAUGGGACCCUUCAGCUCGCAGUUCCCCAUGGAGGAUGGCACCUACGGGGUCACGCUGCCCCCCGAGCUCUUCGGGGAAGAUGCCGAUGAUGCUGCUGGUGGGGCCAUCGUGGAAGCCAGCGCCCGUUCUGUGGCAUCCCCCUAUGCCGCCUUGGUGGCCGGGGGGAGCCUGCUCCUGGGCAUCGCCCUCUUCGUUGCCAUCGUGGUGAGGUACCGGCGGACGUGGCGGACGGGCGGGCAGCGGGGGGCCAAGCCGGAGGGUGAGGGGCAGCACGUGCUGGUGCCCCUGGGCCCCCCCAGCUCCCCGCUCAGUGAGACCCCCCUCAGCCAAGUGACCCCUGGGGGGCCAGGGGCCAGAUCCUGCGGGCGGCCCUGA